AUAAUUCACCGUUUUCACUAGCAUAACACUAAAUCAUCCAUUCAUUUAAUUAAUUGAUGCAGAAAAAGAAUUUUAAGUGAAAAUAUAUAACAACAAAAAAUGUCUUCCUCUCAACAAACGAAUCAACAGAAUAACAAACAAAAAGACGAUAAAGAAGAAUCCAUAAACAAUGCUGAUUCAAAUGCUGAUCGAAAAAUUGAAAGUCAACAUAAAGAACAGAUCCAACCAUUAAAACUUGAUGCUCAAGAGUUCUACGAUAUUCAUGAAGAUGAUCUUGUUGAUUUUGAAACUUCUGAAGAAUUUCUUCUACAUUUUUCUCGUAUCGGACAAGUGCAAUUAGUGAAAAAAUUAUUAAAUCUUCGAAAUGCCAAUGAAAUUGCCCUGAAUAUUGAUUGUAAAGGUACGGUUAAAGCCAAUUUCGGUUGGUCACCAUUACAUUUAGCCGCAUAUUUCGGUCAUUAUGAAGUGGUAGAAAUUCUCUUAAAAAAUGGUGCCGAUGUUAAUAUACAGAACGAAGAAGGCGAUACACCUUUGCAUAAAGCAGCCUAUACUGGUCGUGAAAAUAUAGUCAUAUUAUUGCUUGCACAUCAUGCAAACGUUUUUAUUUCUAAUGGUGAUUCUCUUCGACCAUUUGAAUUGUCAAAAACUGAUUCAAUACAAAAAUUAUUAACUGCAGCCGAAAAAUUUGAUAUAAAACGUCGUGAAGAACGUUAUCUUAGUGCAGCACGUUCCGGACAGAUAACGAUCAUAAAAGAAUUGCUUGAAGAUACAAAAAAUUGUAUUAAUAUUAAUUGUACGGAUCCAUCGGGCAAUACUGCUCUACAUUGUGCUGCUUAUCGUGGACAGACCGAGGUGGUCAUUUUUUUGCUCAAAAAUGGUAUCGACACUACGAUCAAAAAUAAACGCGGUCAAUUGGCUUCCAAUGUAGCGGCUACAAUUUCGCUUAAACAAUUGAUACAGGAAGCACAUCUAUCAGUGAUGACACCAAAAGUGGUUGCUUCAUUGAAAAAUAAAUCUGUUGUACGUUUUGAAGGAUGCCUUCUACGUAAAGGUCGAUUUUUUGGUUGGCGACCAAUAUGGGCCAUUCUUGAAAGAGGUGUAUUUUCGUAUUUUCAAAAUCGAGCCGAUUCAGUAACUGGAGUUCGACGAAAAGGUUAUAAAUAUUUGGAAAAUGCCAUUACUGAAGUUGUACAUGAUAAUGUUGGCAAUAAUAAUAACAAUAAUCCAUCAACUUCAUGUUCAUUAUCUAAUAAUAUUGUUGAACAUAAAUAUCAUCAGCCAUCGUCACAAACAUUAUGUUUUGUUAUUAUAUUCGGUGAUCGUUCUAGAGCAAUAUUUGCACUGCCAAAAAAUCAAUCCGAACUUGAUUUACAAAAAUGGAUUAACGCUAUCAAUGAUCACAUUUAUUUUAGCACGAAUUUUAUCAAACAAGGAACUCAUAUGGGUGAUGAUUCGGAUGAUGAAGAAGAGGCAACCAAACAAUUGUUAUCACCAAUAGCUAUUCAGGAUAUGAUAGUGACAGCAAAUGCACACCAAAAAAUUCUCGAAAGACAUAUCAAUGCAUUACAGCAAUUAUUAAAUGAUGACACUCUAUUCUUUUCUGCUGAAAUAAAUCGUGAUGAUCAACUUGCGAAUGAUAGCUAUCAUUCAUUGCAAUCGAGUGAUUCGAUUUCUCGUUCGACAAUACCUUCAAUUAAAUUUCAUUUGAAUUUGAUUUUAGAAUCAUCAAAGAAUGCUAAUUCAUCUUUAACACAAUGUCUAGUAUUGAUAUCGCAUCAAAAUCAAUCACGACAAACUUUAAUACAACAAGAACAGGAAAAAGUUCGUGCAUUGGAAGAAGCGUUACAAUUGUUAGCCCGUGAACAUCAUGAUCUAGAACGAUCAGUUACGCGUUCAAUACAUAAUUCUGAUGUUAAACAGCAACAGCAUUCCACUGCAGCAUCAUUGUCGAUCCAUGUUGAUGCAAAUAAUUCCAUUUUAGCUUCUGAUAAAUCUGCUCAUAAUUCUAAUCAAUCAUUGAAUCAAAGUCUUGUACGAUCAUUUGCAUGUUUAUCGCAAACAUCGAUGGCAACCGAUAUGGAUGAAUUUUUUGAUGCUUUUGAUGAUGCAUUUGAUGAUGAAGAUUAUCAACAUCAACAAAAUCACCAUUCAAAUUUAAAUCUUGAUCAAAUUGAUCUUUGUGAAUCGUUAAUAAAUAAUAAUGGCAAUAAUAGUAAUCAAAUAAUCAAAAUGCAUAACAAUGAUGAUAAUAAUAAUGAUAAUGAAAAUGGAUCAUUAAAUCGAUUGAAAACAUUAACAACAUUCCAUACUGCAAAUGAAAAUAAUGAACAACCGGAUGAUCUUACAAUCAACGAUUCAAUAUCAACAUUAUCACCCGAUGGUGAUUUAGACAAAACUAUCGGUUCGGAUGAUUUACCAUCAAAUUCAUUGAGCAAACAUCGAGAUCGUUUACCAGCGCCAAUGGUGCCUAGAGAUGAAGUUGGCCUUUGGAGCAUUCUAAAGCAUUGUAUCGGAAAAGAAUUAUCAAAAAUAACAUUCCCAGUGAUAUUCAAUGAGCCUCUUAGUUUCUUACAACGUAUGACCGAACUAUUCCAUUAUACACAUUAUCUUAACAUAGCUGAUCAAUGUGAUGAUAUUGUUGAACGCAUGGAGAACAUCUGUGCGUACAUUGUUUCAGCUUAUUCAUCAAAUUGGCUUCGUCUAAACAAACCUUUCAAUCCGUUAUUGGGUGAAACGUUUGAAUAUGAAAUAGAAUCAUCACAAACAAAAAUUGUUUGUGAACAAGUUUCACAUCAUCCUCCAAUCAGUGCCUGGCAUGCUGAAUCACCACAUUUCAUAUUACGUGGAACUAGUGCACCAAAAUUACGAUUCUGGGGUAAAUCAAUUGAAGUGAAACCUGAAGGAACGGCAACACUUGAGCUUAAAUCUCGUGGCGAAAUCUACACCUGGAAAUCGGUCAAUUGUUGUGUACAUAAUAUCAUUGUCGGAAAAAUUUGGUUCGAACAGUAUGGUACGGUAGAAGUUACAAAUCACAUGAAUCGAUUCAAAUUGUUUAUAAAUUUCAAACCGGCCGGUUGGUUUGGUUAUGAUCUAAAUCGAUUGGAUGGCUAUAUACAUGAUUCAGAAAAAGAAAAACUACGUUUUGUUUAUGGAAAAUGGAAUGAUUAUCUUAAAUCGGCUAGCAUCGAAGAUUAUGAAGAAUAUCUAAAAGCUAAUAAUAAUAGAUUUCGUGCACCAGAUAAACCAACCGAUAUCGGUGAUAAAGGUGGUGAACAUCUAAAUAAUCAUCAUUCAUCUAAUCGUAGUAAAAUGCUGUCCAAAUUGAAUUCAUUUACCAAACAAUUGACAGGAUCAUUAGAUCUUGGUGCAGGAGGUAACAAUGAUAAUCAACAGCAAAUAAAUGAUAGUAGUGAUCUUCCACCUGAACCUAUCGAAAGUGAUAUUCCUAAAAGUGAUUCAUCACAUUCAUUGGAUAUAAAUAAUUCUCGAAUAUUAUGGAAAGCUGAACCAAGACCCGAACAUUCAUCACAAUAUUAUAAUUUCAAUUGGUUUACAUUCGGUUUAAAUGAAUUGCCUGAGGAUGAUAAUGAAAGACAAGAAUUAUUAAAACGAUUACCGCCAACUGAUUCACGUUUAAGGCCUGAUAUAAGAAAAUUAGAAGAAGGAGAUCUGGAUGUAGCAGCUGCUGAAAAGAAUCGAUUGGAAGAAAAACAACGUGAAGCAAGACGAUUACGAAAAAAAGGCAAAAUCAAAGAAUUUCAACCAUUGUGGUUUCGGCCUGAAUUAAAUCAGUAUACUGGCCAAGAAGAUUGGAUGUUCACAAAUGAAUAUUGGACUAAACGUGAUUGGUCUAGAUGUCCGGAUAUUUUUUGAAAAUCAAAUUAAAUUAUAAGUUUUUUCAAGGAAAAUGAUGGCUAUA